UCGAUCCCUGGAUCUCCUGAAACCGGAAGGAAAGCUCUAACCACUUGAGCUACCUCUCACUCUCAUAAUCAUGUGAUAUGUUGUUGGAGUUGUUACAACGUCUACUUUUAUAAUAUAAUUUUUUAAAAAAAUAAUUGUUACUAAUAUGUAUUUAAAAAUAUUGAUUGUCUGUUUCAAAAAAAAAAAAUUAAAAAAUAUUGAUUGUUAUGAAAUUAUGUUUGGACAAAUGUGAAAACUCAAACGAUAUAAAGGACUAGCAAACAAAGCUAUGGAUCAAAAAAUAACAAAAUUUGACAUCCCUAUAAUAAUCACCAAAUAAUGUCGACAUUUUCAAGAUACUCUUUUAUCCAUAGUAACUUUUUGAUCUUCCCUUUUUCCAUCUAACAUAAUUUAAUUUCUUUUAUUUUAACUUCCUUUCUUAGUUCUCUCAUGAACCAUCCAAUGUUGUUAAAUGAAUGUGAAUGUCAUUCCUUUUCUUCCAUAACCCUACCGUUCAAACUCCUAUAAAAACCAACCUUCAGCUUCUUUCAUAAUAUAUAUCUCAAAUCAUAAGUUCAAAAAAAAAAAAAAAAAAAAAAAAAAAAAAAGAAAUCAUCUCUUAAAAAAAAAAAAGGAAAAAACAUGGCAAAAACAAUUUUUUACUAUGUGCUUACUAUUAUGCAACUCCUGCCUGCCAUGGUAGCAGCUGAGUGCAGAUGCGAAGCUGAUGACUUACCCCGCGACGGCAAGUCCUUAACCCUCAAGUUUAAGUUAGGCGCCAUAGGAGCAAUCCUUGGAGCCGGAGCAAUUGGGGUAGGACUUCCUCUACUAGGCAAACGGAUAUCCGUUUUACGGCCUGAAAACGAUAUAUUCUUCAUGAUCAAGGCCUUCGCUGCAGGAGUAAUCCUCGCUACCGGGUUCAUCCACAUACUCCCGGAAGCUUUCGAGGGGUUGACGUCUCCUUGUAUAGGGGAAACUCCUUGGCAGAAGUUCCCCUUCGCCGCGUUCAUCGCGAUGGUGGCUUCUAUUGGGAGCCUAAUGGUGGAUUCGUUGGCAACAGGGCAUUAUAGAAGGGUUCACUUUGGUGGGAAAGAUGGUAAUAAGGAAGUUUCUAUUAAUAGUAAAGUGGUGGAUGAAGAGAGUAAUGGUGCACAUGCUGGUCACGUGCAUGUUCAUACUCAUGCUACUCAUGGUCAUGGUGGUGGUUCUUUAGUUGGUGAAGGUAGUGAUGAAUUAGGGGAACAAUUAAGUAAGCUUGAACUUAUUAGGCAUCGUGUUACUGCUCAGGUAUUAGAGUUGGGAAUUGUGGUCCAUUCAGUAAUAAUAGGCAUAACAUUGGGAACAUCUCAAAGGCUUGAUACCAUUAAACCUUUAAUGGUUGCAUUAAGUUUCCAUCAAUUUUUCGAAGGCAUGGGACUUGGUGGCUGCAUCACUCAGGCUAAGUUCAAGUCACGAGCUAUGGCAACAAUGGCACUGUUUUUCUCACUUACAACACCAAUUGGUAUUGGCAUUGGCAUUGCAAUUGCCGGUGUAUACGACGAAAGUAGCCCUCGAUCACUAAUCAUACAGGGGAUAUUCGAGGCGGCUGCAGCAGGGAUACUAAUAUAUAUGGCACUUGUUGAUCUACUAGCUGCAGACUUCAUGAAUCCAAGGAUGCAGGCAAAUACUAGGAUUCAAUUAGGCUCACAUAUUUCAUUACUUUUAGGGGCUGGUUGUAUGUCUGUUUUGGCUAAAUGGGCAUGAUAUAGUAACAUUUUUAAUUUUUUUUUCCCUUUUCUAAUUUUGUUAGUAAGAAAUUGGUUUAAAUUUGUUUAAUUCAUAAUGUUACAAUGUUACAUAAAAGAGAAUGCACAACAUUUGCUCCUAAGGAGCAAAGGAACUUAUGAGUUAUAAGCAAGGUAGAAAUGCAAUUCAUUAUUGUUUGUCA